UGUGACCAAAGCAAUAGCAAUGGCUUUGAUGACCGUCCUCUUGCUUGUACUGUCCUCAUUGGCUUUCUUCUCAUCCUCUCAAGCCCAAACCAGCCCUCCUCUAGUGAAGGGAUUGUCUUGGACUUUCUACAAAUCCAACUGCCCUAAGCUGGAAACCAUUGUCCGGAACCAGCUUCGUAAAGCCUUCAAGAAGGACAUCGGUCAAGCUGCGGGCUUGCUGCGAGUGCACUUUCACGACUGCUUUGUUCAGUCAGGCGGCCCCGACUACCGGGUCCCGCUAGGUAGGCGUGAUGGCCUGAGUUUCGCCACCAGAGAUGCAACACUAGAGAACCUCCCAGCCCCCUCCUCCGGCACAACCGCCCUUCUCGAUGCACUGAGCAGAAAGAACCUAGACGCAACGGAUCUUGUCGCACUCUCCGGUGGCCACACGAUUGGAAUCGGACACUGCUCGUCCUUCUCCGAACGCCUCUACCCCAAUCAAGACUCAAUCAUGGACAAGACCUUCGCUAAGAACUUAUACAACCGGUGCCCAACCCCAGACUCCCCAAACACGACCGUGUUGGACAUCCGCUCCCCUGAUGUCUUCGAUAACAAGUACUACGUUGAUCUCAUGAACCGCCAGGGACUCUUCACGUCCGAUCAGGACUUGUACACCGACAAACGGACGCGGCCCAUUGUGACUAGUUUUGCAGUGAACCAGACGCUCUUCUUUGAGAAGUUCGCACUUUCGAUGCUGAAGAUGAGUCAACUGAGCGUCUUGACGGGGACACAAGGCGAGAUACGUGCAAAUUGCUCAGCCCGCAACUCGGCCAGGGCAUUCUUGUCCUCGGUCAUCGAUACUGAAGGGCAGAGUUCAGAAUUUUAGUAUGUUAAACUUUCGUGUCUUGCGUAUGUUGGUAUCGUAUUUCGAAAAUAAAAUGUGUUUGCAAAUUACUUACAAUAGCUACUGUAAAUGAAGCAACCAUAUAUUAGUAAGACCUGUAUGGGCCUUUGAGUCGACCCACCUUUGCUGGA